AUGCAUUUUCCUCUAUUGAAAUGCUGGAAAUGGAUUGUGUUAUGGAUUUCGCCAAUACUUCUCUCAUCACUAUUCCUUUAUUCCAACGAAAAGGAGAUCAAAUGUGUGUUUGUGGUCUCACUUAUGAUCAUAUAUUGGUUGACCGAAGCCGUGCCUCUGGCUGUCACUGCUUUGUUGCCAAUGUUUUUAUACCCAUUCCUCGAAAUCAUGUCAACCAAAGAGAUUUCAGGCAAAUAUAUCAAUGAAACUCUUAUGGUAUUCUUAGACACGGCUACCACUGCCCUAAUGGUGCCUAUCAUAGAAGCGGUUAUUCUCAAUAUAAUGGAACAGAAAAGGACCAGUGUCAGUGUGACCACUAUUAGUCACCAUAACACUAAUGAUUUGAAUAAUAAUGGAAAUCUGGACCCAAAAGAAGUGGAAAUAGUUGAUAGUCGGAGGAAGAAUUCAUUCAAAGUCCGAAUGGAAAGGGAUGCCAACAAAGAGGAGAAGUCAUUCAAACUAAUGAGAAGAGUGCUAUUCUUGUCGGUCACGUUCUCAUCACUAAUUGGUGGCACCGGCACUCUGACCGGCACCACAACUAAUCUUAUAUUUAAAGGAUUUGCUUCAAGGUUUUUCAGAGAUCCGGACUUUUUUAGGGGUUGGGCGCCAGCACUCCACCCGCAAUCGACUAACUAUAUCAACGAUGCGUCGGCCGCUAUGCUCAUCGUGUGUCUAAUGUUUGUCAUUCCGGCUAAUCCUCGAGACUUACAAAACUCGAAGCCUUUGAUGACAUGGAAGGCUGUCCACGAGAAAACACCCUGGGGUGUGUUCAUACUUAUGGGAGGCGCUUUUGCCAUGUCAUCUGGUAUUAAG